CUGUCAGAGAGGCUGUAAAAGGAGUCAAAAGUGGCAAGUGUGUCAGUAAUUGCAUUGCCAUGAAGUUUGUGCUGACAUAACUGCAGGGAUGUGCGUACCUCUGGUGGUUUUUCUCAGCGCCCUUGUGCUUCACUCUGUGUCAGCUGGAGGUGCAUAUUGUGCUAAAACAGCAAGAGCUCGUGCUGCUGCCUUGGGUUUGGAUUAUCCUGGAGUCCAUGGAGCCCCUGAUUUUUAUGAAAUGCAGCCUGGCACAAUGCUGUUAAGACCUCAGCCUUAUGAAAACAAUGAUCCUGAAUCAGACAAGACUGAGCCUAACAUGGCCUCCUACAGACAAACUCAACCAGAAGUGAGACUCUUAGCUGUCAGUGCACAUAAACAAGCUUACCCCAGGAGAUCUGAAUCUGCACUUGGCACUCACAACCCAGUUCGAAGAGAAUACACCACCAACCAAGUGCUCAGCUUUCCCAGAGGACAGUCAGUCAGUAACCGCAAGUCAAAUUUUGAGGAGGUCAAGCAUGUUGCCCCACAAACACGAGUUAAAGCCCCAGGCCUGUCUGACCUUGUGUAUUGGGAUCCUCAAGGUCGCAGCAAGCCGUUCUCAUUUGUCUACAAUAAGCAUGACCUUGUCGUUGAUGAGUCUGUCCCAAAUAGACGUGGCAUGUCUCUGAGUGGACUCCCCCUGCCCCAAAGCCAGGGUCAUGGCACUUACCAGAGGGGUCUAACUGGAUUUGGCCUAGGAGGAGAGGUUCCUGUCCUCGCUUCAUCUCGUUUCCCCAACAAAGGCCAUGUCAGAGCAAUGACUGGCCAAACUCCUGUAUUUGGUAGACAGAGGAUUGUGCUCCGUGACCGUCUUCCUCAGUCCUUCCUCAGAAACCUCAAUGUCAGACAGUUUGUUCAAGGUAACCCUGUUCUUAGACCAAAACCAAAAUCAGAUAGAAUAAGUCGUUGACAUCGAGCUCAGCUGUCUUGUCAAAUAGUGUGCCUGUGAGGAGUUAAAGUUAACAGGUAAGCAUUUUUUAAAGGAAGACAGCAUGAUUUCAGAAUCUAUUUGUCUGGUUUUCUCUAACCUCUCCUGAACGAAGCAAUGUCCAACUUCUCUGUGUACCAACUCCUGUAUUGUUGCUUCCUCACUUGUGGUUCUUAAACAAGACACAUCAUACUAUUCCUCCUUGAAUAUAAAAUUUACAAAUGGUUAUAA